AUGGUAUAUGUAAAAUGUAAAAUCCAUGAAGAGGAUCAUGAGCCUUAUUUGAUUAAGAAUUUAGAAUUAGUUUAUAUUCUAUCCAAUGAUUUAGAGAGUGAUACAUUUGGUCUGAAAAUAGAAGCUAUACAUGUGCAUAAGACUGAAGCGGUAGGCUCAAAGAGCUAUGAUUCUUUGAAUCGUCUAAUGGCCUACUCUGCAAUAAGAAAACGUCCUAUUCUAAAGCACAUGGUCACUGAUCGAUGUUAG